AUGGCCGAGAACGGGGAAUCCUCCGGAGUUCACUCACCUUCACCGAAAAGUCGUGAUAGUAAAUCUAGCGGAUUUGACAGUCCUCCAAGUGUCGGACACUCGAUUCCACGAUCAAAUACUUCAAGUCCGCUGCUCGACACAGCCUUACUGCCAUUGGAUGAUCCAACAACAUGCCCAUACUGCCACAAAAAUUUUCGCAAGCCACGGGUACUUGAUUGUCUACAUUCGAUGUGUGAAGAUUGCAUUAUUGCACAACUUGAUGGUCGUCGUGAAACGUUCGGCAACAAAAACAUUGCUGCCGUCUCCAAUGCAUUGGAAGAGUUUGAGCUUGAGACUACUGCACUAAAAGAGCGUCCUACUCCGCCUGGUGUAAUCCGAUGUCCAAUUUGCUCGCAAGAAAGCCAUGUCGGGAACGAUGUUCGCUACGUGCACACAAUGCUUAUGGAUUUUGUUCGAAUGGUCGAGGCGGAUGAACUACGUGGUUUUGAGAGAAAAUGCAGAGCUUGCAAAAGUGAACAGGCUGCUGUUGCUUUGUGUCAACACUGUGUGAGUGAUCUCUGCCCUACGUGCGUACAAGCACACAAAAACAUGCGGAUGUUUGAUGGUCAUCAGGUGUUGCUCUACGAGGAACUGGAAAUGGCUGGUCGCAGCAAAGAUGCGCGUAUUGUCAAUUGCUGUCUUCAUGGUCAACCCUACAUCAUGCUAUGUGCUACUUGUGAGACUCUCGUCUGUAAGACUUGUUUGGAAAACGAUCAUGGAGCUACUCACAAAUUGGUUGAAAUCACCACGCGUGUGGUGGACGCAAUUCAAAACGAAUUGAGCCAGCUAGCUGCCAGAGUUCGUAACAAAUGGAAGGAAUCGAUGACUCAAUGGAAUUCGCAAAGCGACCGACAUGCCCAUUUGCAGAGUCAAUACGAGAUGGCAAAAACUAAAAUAGAAUUUACUUUUGAGGAAGUCCACCGGAUGUUAGAAGAAACUCGAGCACGCAAGCUGCAAGAAUUGGAUACGGAACGUGAUCGUCAGGACGAUUUACUGGUGUCCCUGGAUCGAAAAGUUGAUUUAACCCAGGCUCGUGUCGCAGACGCUGUCAGCUUUGCUGAACGCCUUGUUACUAAAGCGAAUGGGUUAGAACUGAUUGCAUCUCGUCGUAAGAUCCUUCAACAACUGACUAAUCUCAAGCACACGAUGCCAGCAUUAAACUCGCAAUUUGAAUUGGAGUACGGCCUACCGUCAAAGCGAGAAAUCGAACUACAUUUAUCAAACGCUUGUGGAUCCGUCAGCUUGCGAAGUGUCAACCGAACACAACCAUUGCCGGACCCCGUCAAAAGUGUUUCUGAAGAAACUAUGGUUGAUGCCGCUCGAGAUGCAUGGCGUGAUGCUCCUGUUAUGAAAGCCACUCGCCCAGUAAGUAGAGCCGGUUUGAUGACUCAAAACACAAUUGACUUGAGUGGAACGAAAGAACGAGCAGGACCUGGUGCUAUUGGCAUGGAACGACGAAAGACUGUCGCUAGCAGUGGUCUCUCCACUACUCGUGACUACGCAAAUAUUUGGCCUCCAUCCAAUCCACCAGAUUUGCCGUCGCCAUCACCCCCGAAAGAGUUUGCUGAUUCAUUGAAAUCAUCAGCGUCCAAUUCGAACAUGUUGAGCUCUGGAAUGCUAGCCAUGAAUUCUCCAGCUGCAUCAAUGUACAAUAGUUAUCAGUGGAAUCAAUCCAAUGUCGCUACUCCAACACAAGGGCAAGUUACGACUCCAGGUGGUUCUGCGGCAGCUGCAGCAGCAAUGUUUUUGAAUGCUAGUGCUGCUGGUAAUCCGGGGCUUUUUUCUUCUGCUAAUUCUUCAUCGAUGAAUUCUACUCAAUUACAGCAAUUACAACAACUCAAAGCCGCUCUACUUUUGCAGCAAAGCAACGUCUCUGUAGGCGGAAUUGGGGCGUUGAAUAGUCAGCACAAUCAACUUUUGAUGCAACAUGCUGCUACACAAAGUCGUUUGAGAGGUCAUCCAGCAAUGGAUCCUAUCGGAACAUUAAAUGUCAGCGGCAUGUCGUUGGAUAGCGUUUCUUCGCAAUCCUCGCAAGCUAACGUGCGCCCUCAGUCGGUUGAAAGUUUGUUUUCAAACGGCCAAAAGAGCAAUGGAAACCACCAGUUCCCAGCGUCAGAGUUGAAGAUGCAUUCUGUUUUUGGAGCAGGUGUCGCUGGCAACAGUAUCCGCGAGUUGAAUACUCCUGGUGGCUUCUGUUUGGCAGAUAACGAUGACAUCUUAAUUGCUGAUACAAACAAUCACAGGAUCAUUGUUUGCGGGCCUCCAGUUCCGUGGUUCUUUGGAAAACCGGGUCAGGAGGAUGGUUGUCUUUGUUAUCCACGCAAAGUCGUUGCCUUGAAGCUUCCUGAAGGCAUGCGAUAUGCUGUCCUUGAUAAAUCAAUAGAUACAAAGUCAAGAUGCCAGAUUUUUAAUACUGCUGGUGAAUUUGUCAGGCGUGUGGAUCUAACUCAAAUUGGUAAAGUCGGGCUUGAUGUUCAAGCUGCCUGUGGUACUUUGGCUGGGCAUCUGGUUCUCGUUGAUCACGGUGGACUGGUUUAUUCAUUGGAUAUCAGCGCAGCAAUCCCACGUGUGAUCCAUUGGUUUGAUACAGCCCCACGCAUGGGAGAGGCUACUGAUGUUGCCAUGUUUGACAAGAAUGUAUAUAUUACCGACUUCCGAAACCACUGUGUUCACAUUUUCUCAACCGAGGGUACUUACAUUCGUCGUCUUGGAGAACCAGCUAUUACACCUUAUCCAAUUGGGAUCGAUGUUAGCAAGAAUGGUGAUGUGCUUGUUGCUGAUACUCAUGGAAACCAUAUGCAUAUCGUCGUAUUCCCCGCUGAAGAUGUAACUGGAAAACAUCCACAAUCAUUUACACAUCAAGAAUUCAAGAUGUCGCGUUGCACCCAAUUGCGAGUCGCUGCUUCUGGACAUAUUGUUUGUCUGUCAAAACAAGCUCACACGCUUUUUGUUUUCAAGCCUCUUUUUGUGCGC